GAAAAAAGAAAGAAAAUAUCUCUCUUCACUCCCCACAUUUUCAUCGAAAGGACAAGCAAGUGGGGAGGAGUUUUUCCAAGCUGUAAGGAAAGAAAGCACCAUUCCUUGAAGUGGGCAGUUUGGUUUUGAUCCAAUUUGGACUAGCUUUGAGCUUUUUGAGAGGUUGAGGUGAUUUUGAGAGGUGGGUUUUGGUUUUUCUGAGGUUUAAACAUGGCGGCUGCUUUGGCCGGAGAUGACUUAGCCCGGCAGACGAGUAGCCGGAGGAGUUGGCGGUCUAGUAGUGUGAGAGAAAUGUGGAACGCGCCGGACGUGUUCCAGCGGAGCGCGCGGCAAUCGACGCAUGAGAACGAUGAGGAGGAGCUGCGGUGGGCCGCCAUAGAGCGGUUGCCGACUUAUGAUAGGAUGAGGAGAGGGAUGUUGACUCAGGUGACGAGUAAUGGAAAGAUGAUAAGUGAAGAGGUUGAUGUUACUAAGCUUGGUAGUCAAGACAAGAAGCAGUUGAUGGAGAGUAUAUUGAAAGUUGUUGAGGAAGAUAAUGAAAAGUUGUUGAAGAGACUCAGAGCCAGAAAUGACAGAGUAGGCAUUGAUAUUCCUAAGGUUGAAGUUCGAUUCCAGAAUUUAUCAAUUGAGGGAGACGCAUAUGUAGGCACCAGAGCUCUUCCAACUCUGUUGAAUUCCAGUCUGAACAUGAUUGAGGGAGCUAUUGGACUUCUUGGACUCACUCCAUCAAAGCAAAGAGUUGUUAAGAUACUCCAAAAUGUGAGCGGUAUUAUAAAACCCUCAAGGUUGACACUGCUUCUUGGGCCUCCUGGUUCAGGAAAAACGACACUGCUACGCGCUCUUGCUGCAAAACUCGACGAUGAUUUAAGGGUAACUGGACAAGUAACUUACUGUGGCCAUGAUCUUAAGGAAUUUGUACCUCAGAGAACCUCUUCUUAUAUUAGUCAACAUGAUCUUCACUAUGGUGAGAUGACAGUCCGUGAAACACUGGAUUUCUCGGGGCGAUGCCUCGGUGUUGGAACCAGAUAUGACUUGUUGGUAGAGUUGUCUAAAAGGGAGAAAUCAGCUGGAAUUAAACCAGAUCCUGAGAUUGAUGCCUUCAUGAAAGCCACGGCUAUGGAAGGCCAAGAAAGCAAUUUGAUCACUGAUUAUGUUCUAAAGAUUCUUGGAUUAGAUAUCUGUGCUGAUAUUAUGGUUGGUGAUGACAUGAGAAGGGGUAUCUCUGGUGGACAAAAGAAGCGUGUAACAACUGGAGAAAUGUUGGUUGGACCAGCAAAAGCAUUUUUCAUGGAUGAAAUAUCAACAGGGUUGGACAGUUCCACCACCUUUCAGAUUGUCAAGUUCAUGAGGCAAAUGGUUCAUGUUAUGGAUGUGACAAUGGUCAUUUCUCUGCUGCAGCCUGCACCUGAGACAUAUGAUCUUUUCGAUGACAUCAUCCUUCUUUCUGAAGGUAAAAUUGUAUACCAAGGGCCUCGUGAGAAUGUACUCGAAUUCUUUGAGUUUAUGGGAUUCAAAUGCCCAGAUAGGAAAGGUGUUGCUGACUUUCUGCAAGAAGUUACUUCCAAAAAGGACCAAGAGCAGUAUUGGUUUCAAAGGAACCAACCUUACAGAUACAUCUCAGUUAGUGACUUUGCUAGUGCCUUCGGCACCUUUCAUGUCGGUCAAAGGCUCUCUGAAGAUCUGAGAAUUCCAUAUGAUAGAAACUCAACUCAUCCUGCUGCACUUGUGAAAGAAAAGUAUGGUAUCUCCAAUAAGGAACUCUUUAAAGCAGGGUUUGCAAGGGAAUGGAUGUUGAUGAAGCGAAACUCUUUUAUCUACAUUUUCAAGACUACUCAGAUCACAAUCAUGGCUAUAAUUGCUCUGACUGUGUUCUUAAGAACAGAAAUGAAAACUGGCCGUGUAGAAGAUGGAGCAAAGUUUUGGGGAGCACUCUUUUUCAGUCUUAUUAAUGUCAUGUUCAAUGGGAUGGCUGAGCUUGCCAUGACAGUUUUUAGGCUUCCUGUGUUCUAUAAACAAAGGGACUCAUUGUUUUACCCUGCUUGGGCAUUUGCAUUGCCUAUUUGGGCACUGAGGAUUCCCAUCUCAUUUUUGGAAUCAGGCAUUUGGAUCAUUCUUACAUACUACACCAUUGGUUUUGCACCUUCUGCGGCAAGGUUCUUUAAACAGUUCUUGGCCUUCUUCGGUGUCCAUCAGAUGGCACUUUCCUUGUUUCGUUUCAUUGCAGCCCUUGGAAGAACUGAGGUUGUUGCAAACACAAUUGGAUCUUUUACUUUGCUAUUGGUGUUUGUCCUUGGUGGUUACAUUGUUGCCAAAGAUGACAUUAAGCCAUGGAUGAUUUGGGGUUACUAUGUUUCUCCUAUGAUGUAUGGACAGAAUGCAAUUGCCAUUAAUGAAUUUCUUGACAAAAGAUGGAGUGCACCUAGUGGAAACUCCACAGUUGGGAAGGUCCUUCUAGAUCAAAGAGGCCUGUUUAAGGAAGAAUAUUGGUAUUGGAUUUGUAUUGGAGCACUCAUUGGAUUUUCUCUUCUUUUCAAUGGACUCUUUGUUGCAGCAUUGACCUAUUUAAGUCCUUUUGGUGAUACUAAAACUCUUAUUGUGGAUGAUGAGUCUGAAAAGAAGACAAGGCAACAAUCAGCAUCCAAUUCAGAAGGUAUUGGUAUGCAAGAGAGGAACAAUCAUGGUAUCGAAAAUGCUGCGAACAAUCGAGCCAAUAAAGGAAUGGUUUUGCCCUUCCGACCACUAUCACUCGCUUUCAACCAUGUGAACUACUAUGUUGACAUGCCUGCAGAAAUGAAGACUCAAGGAAUUGAAGAUAGCCGCCUGCAAUUGCUACGAGAAGUUAGUGGUGCUUUCAGACCUGGUGUUUUGACAGCUUUAGUUGGAGUCAGUGGUGCUGGUAAGACCACCUUGAUGGAUGUCUUAGCUGGAAGAAAGACCGGUGGAUACAUCGAAGGAAGCAUAAGCAUUUCUGGUUAUCCAAAGAACCAAGCCACAUUUGCUCGAGUCAGCGGUUACUGUGAACAAAAUGACAUUCACUCACCAUAUGUCACUGUCUACGAGUCUCUCUUAUACUCUGCCUGGCUUCGUCUGUCUCAUGAGAUCAGUACAGAGAAACGAAAGAUGUUUGUUGAAGAAGUUAUGGAUUUGGUUGAACUCAAUCCAUUGAGGAAUGCUAUAGUAGGACUUCCAGGAGUAGAUGGACUCUCAACUGAGCAGAGAAAGAGGCUCACUAUUGCUGUAGAGUUGGUUGCCAAUCCCUCCAUCAUCUUCAUGGACGAGCCCACUUCAGGUCUUGAUGCUAGAGCAGCUGCCAUUGUUAUGCGUACUGUGAGAAACACCGUGGACACAGGACGAACUGUUGUCUGCACAAUUCACCAACCGAGCAUAGACAUCUUCGAAGCUUUCGAUGAGCUUUUCUUGAUGAAAAGAGGAGGACAAGUAAUUUAUGCUGGAGAACUUGGUCGCCAAUCGCAUAAACUUGUUGAAUAUUUUGAGGCUAUUCCUGGCGUUCCUCAGAUCAAAGAGGGUUACAAUCCUGCUACCUGGAUGUUGGAUGUCACCUCCACAACAGCUGAGACUCAGCUUAACGUUGACUUUGCAGAACUUUAUGCCAACUCUAACCUCUAUAGGAGAAACCAGGAACUUAUCAAGGAGCUAAGCACCCCACAACCGGAAGUCAAGGACCUCUAUUUCCCCACCAAGUACUCCACCAACUUUUUCACUCAAUGCAAGGCUUGUUUCUGGAAACAACAUUGGUCGUACUGGAGGAACUCUAAAUUCAAUGCCAUAAGAUUCUUCAUGACAGUUAUGAUUGGUGUCUUAUUUGGAGUCAUCUUCUGGGACAAAGGAACCAAGUUAGGUACUCAAAAGGACUUGAUCAAUCUUUUGGGAGCUACUUAUUCUGCAAUUCUUUUCCUUGGAGCUAGCAAUGCCUCUGCUAUACAACCUGUUGUUUCAGUUGAAAGAACAGUCUUUUACCGUGAAAGAGCAGCUGGGAUGUACUCAGAGUUGCCAUAUGCAUUUGCUCAGGUUGCUAUUGAAACAGUAUAUGUUCUAAUCCAGACCUUCAUAUACAGCAUGAUUCUGUACUCCAUGAUUGGGUAUGAUUGGACACCUGAGAAGUUUUUCUACUUCUACUACUUCAUCUUCAUGUGCUUUACCUACUUCUCCAUGUACGGGAUGAUGGUUGUCGCCUUGACUCCCGGCCAUCAAAUUGCUGCAAUUGUUAUGUCUUUCUUCCUCAGCUUCUGGAACUUGUUCUCUGGUUUCAUGAUUCCCAGGCCGCUCAUCCCUGUGUGGUGGAGGUGGUACUACUGGGGCUCUCCAGUUGCCUGGACAAUCUAUGGCAUUUUCGCAUCUCAAGUCGGUGAUGUCACCACCAAUGUUGAACUUUCUGGUGGUAGAGUAAUGAGGGUGAAUGAUUUUCUCAAGGAUAACUUGGGCUAUGACCAUGACUUCCUUAUCCCUGUGGUGGUUGCUCAUGUUGGUUGGGUUCUUCUCUUCUUCUUUGUCUUCGCCUAUGGUAUCAAGUGCCUUAACUUCCAAAGGAGGUGAUCUGAUUUCAUUGUUAUACUUAAGCACAUAGAUAGAAUAGUUGUGAGCAAAACACUAUACAGAUGUAGUCCAAAAGGGCAACAGAAAAUUGUUGUCAAAUUUGUUAGUUUUUUCUUUACAUAUAUUGGUUGUCAAUUGUUUAUUUGUAAGUUUGGUUUUGCUUGGUCUAUUUUUAUACUUACUUCCAUAUCUUUGUAUAGUUGAGGUUUUGUCUUGAAUUUUCCAUAAAAGCUUAUGUAUUGUUCUAAAUUUAAUUAUAUGAAAGAAAAGUAUACUUCCAUUUCAACUUAA